CUUACCACAAAUCCACAAAAUCCCCAUCCUUUGGCUGCUACUCGGCCGCAAGAUGGCUUCUUGUUCCUCCUCGUCACCACCACCACCCAUCCCUCUCCUCCUCCUCUUCCUCCUCGUCUCCUCCACCUUCCUCGCUCCAUCAGCUCUAGCUUCCCAACAGAAUGAUAGGAGCAGCGGCGGCAAUGUGACGGCGGCGGGGGAGACGGCAUGGACGCCGAGGCUAAGGAAGACGUUCUUGGACGACGGUGGCGGCGCAGCGGGAUUGUUGCAGCGGAGGUGGCGGGGGCGUCGGCUGGUGGGGCGGUUCCAGGUGUGCGCGGUGUGCACUUGCUGCGGGGGGCCGCACGGGGUGUGCAUCCCGGCGCCUUGCUGCUACGCUAUCAAUUGCAACAUCCCCAACCGCCCCUUCGGCGUCUGCUCCUUCACCCCGAGGACCUGCAAUUGCCUCAACUGUCACCUCUAGCAAUGGAGCAAGAUUCUGCAGCCAUUUGCAGAUGAAGAGGACGGUGAUGAUUCAAUCUCUGCUACAUGAAAGGUGUGGCGAAAAUCUAGUUGGUUUUGUUUCUCCUUGGUUGAUGAAGAAGAGACACAUGGCGAGGAACUUAUUUAUUUGGAGUCUGAUUGGAAGAGUUCAUAGUAGUAGUAGUAUUAGUAGUAUACAUUGUAGUCAUAACUCAUAAGUAGUAUGGUGAAGUGAUGGUUGGAUUUAGCUUUUGGGUUAUUGGUUGCUGCUCUUGAAUUGUGGAUAAAAUUAUAUUAAUUUGUAUCUUUAUUUGCAGUA